AUGGCGGUGGCGGCGGCCCGACGCCUCUUCUCUUUCCACCUCCACGCGCGCCCUCUCGCCGCCGGUGUUGCCGUCGCGACCCCACACCGCCGCGGAAAGCAUGACGCGGUCUCGUGCAAGGCCACGGGGAAAACCAAGCCCAAGCCCAAGGCGAAGGCGAAGGCGGGCAAGGGCGGCGAGCGGCAGCAGAGGCGGGCGCUGGAGGAGCACCUCAAGCGGCGCACCCGUUCCGCGGCUGCCUUCGACGCCGACCUGUACGGCCGGCGCGCCCACGAGCACCACGUCCCCGUCUUGCUUGGCGAGGUCCUCGCCGCCUUCCGCCGGCCCCGCCCGCUCCGCUCCUUCGUCGACUGCACCCUCGGCGCCGCAGGACACUCCCUCGCCAUGAUGGAGGCGCACCCGGAGCUGGAGCUGUACAUUGGCAUGGACGUUGACCCCUCUGCCCUGGAGAUUGGCUGUGGGCACAUUGAGACCUUCCUUGCUGGUAGGGAAAGGGAAGCGAAUGGAGGGGAAGAGGAUGUCUUGCAGGUGACUCUGCGUGCCUACACUCAUGUCAAGAACUUCAAGUACAUCAAGCAAGUUCUCGGUAGCGUGGAUGAGAGUCUAGCGGUUGGCUCUUCUGGAGUUGACGGUGUCCUCAUUGACCUUGGCAUGUCAUCCAUGCAGGUGAAUAGAUCAAAUAGGGGAUUCAGUGUACUCCAGGAUGGCCCUCUUGAUAUGCGCAUGGACCCUAAGGCAACUUUAAGAGCAGAGGACAUUUUGAAUUCUUGGCCGGAGCUUGAACUUGGGCGUAUCCUGCGUGAAUAUGGGGAGGAAAGCAACUGGCAAUCAGUUCAGAAGCAAAUUGUUAAAGCCCGGGCUAUGGGCGGUUUGCACUCUACUGGGGAUCUUGUCAAACUAAUCCAAAGGAUGUGUUGCAUCUCAAGCGGGCGGCAAGGCUGGAUUAAGACUGCAACAAGAGUGUUUCAGGCCCUCAGGAUUGCAGUUAAUGAUGAACUGCGGGUUUUAGAAGAUUCACUCCAUUCAUGCUUUGACUGCCUAGCGACAGGUGGCCGUCUUGCUGUAAUCUCAUUCCACAGUCUGGAGGACAGAAUUGUGAAGAAGACUUUCUUGGAGCUCAUCCAUGGGGGUGAAGCAGAUGAUGAAGAAGACGACAAAGAUGACCUGGCACUCACUGACAUCGUAGAUGAAGAUGAACAAUGGUUUGGCCAGAGAGUGCAAGGAAGGAAUGGAACUGUCCUCACAAAAAGACCAAUAACCCCCUCGCAAGAGGAGGAAAAACUAAAUCAGAGGUGCAGAAGCGCAAAGCUUAGAGUUAUUCAGAAGACCUGA